UGAUGAAGUUGCUCGGACUCUCCGUCGUGCUAUCAGCACUCCAGGCUGUUGAUGCCCGUGAUCCGGCUUGUCGCCCUGCUGCGCCGUCAUGUCGAUUCGUCUCCCCCUGGACUGCCCGCGAGUGUUCAGCUAUUAUUCACUCCCACCAUAUCCGUCUCUCGACAUGCGAGGCUCCUGAGAAAACCAUCACCAAGACCGUCGUCGUCACUCAUCACCCAACUUUUACCCACACCAAAACCGUGAAGCCCUCGCCGAGCACCAAAACAACGACCAAGGUCAUCACUCAGACUGACCCUGUCACUCAAAAAGACACAACGACAGCCUGGGCCACCGCGACAGCGGUCUCAACCACGACAACAGUGACGAGCGAUUUCACAACCGCCACCACAACCACCACUUCUGUUGAGACCGAAACUGAUUCUACAACAGUCACAACUACCCAAGAUGUCACCACGACCGUCAGCUGGGCCCCUGAAGUCUGCACUCCUACAGUCACUCUGGCACCUACGCUGGCACCCAGCAAGCGCUCAGACAAGCGCAAUGACUACAGGAUUCCUCGCGAUUGCUCAUGCUUCCUGACCUCUACCAAGAGCUGCGGUCCCCGCGCCACAAAGGUCGUCACCAGAAUCGAGGAAGACCGUCCCAGAUACAUCACCAAGACUGUCACGGAUCGGAGAAAGUUUGAGACUGUCACGAUCACCAAGACAUCCAUCACUCACAUCAACGGAGCACCGCCUCCCAAGCAGACAGUGACUUCCACAACAACCUCUACCGUCAUCACAACAGCCACCUCAACCAGCACGGUUGAGCAAACUACCACUGCAACCGAGGCCACCACGACAACAGUUGUCGAAUCCGCCACCGUCACCACGACACACCCCGUCACUGCCACAGAGGACCCAUGCAACCCAGCCAACGUCAACAAGUACCUCCUUUCAGGCCCUCCGUCAAACCCCAACGUCGUCCUGGGCUUCCGUGGGGAUGGUAAUAACAAUCCCGGCAUUUGUUGCCAGAACUGCGUAAUGAACGCGGACUGCGUCUACUGGAAGUUGUCUGCUGGCGGCUCCAUCUGCGAGGGAUACUUCACGAGCCGUACUGCUCCGGUUGAGGGAUGCACUACUAAUGCGUGCCGGAGGGGACAUCCGUUCAUGGCUGUCAGCCCGCAGUCUGAUGGAAAUACGUAUGGCAUGGGACAAUGCGGCGUAUUUGGCGUGGCGUUUUAA